CGUUCACUCACAACAGGAGCACCUUCUUUUCCUCUCCAAUGCGCCGCAGAUUUGAUCAGAACGCUGCCCCGACGAGGUAGAUCAACUUGCCUCCAGCUCCCCUCCCCCCCACCAUGGGCCUCACCCGGCCCGCCAUGGACCCGAGACGAAAGUCGUCGACCCUACAUUACCAGACAUUCCCCACGAAACCGCCCACUUCCCGCGGCCGCCCGCUCUCGUCCUCUCCCUCUCCGCCUCAUGGCCGCGGCUCCGAGUCUGAGGAUGUCCACCAUGAGUCGCCACUCCCGACCAAGCAGCUCGCGGUGCUGGCUGUCAUCGCGCUCGCCGAGCAGACGGCCCUCAAUUCGAUCAGCCCGUAUCUGCCAGAAAUGGCGUCUACGUUCCCCGAGGUGAAGGAGGGCCAGGUCGGGCUCUACGUCGGCUUGAUCGCGUCGUCUUUCGCGCUGGCACAGUUCGCGACCAACUUCUUCUGGGGCUGGCUAUCCGACCGCAUUGGUCGGAAACCUGUAAUACUGCUGGGAACGCUACUGACGCUGGCCUGCUUCGUCGCAUUUGGCUUCUGCAAGACGCUGUGGCAGGCGGUGGUGGUCCAGAUGUUCAUGGGCUUGGUCAACGGCAACGCCGGCGUCGUGUCGACCUGUCUGGGCGAGAUCACCGAUCGCAGCAAUCAGUCCAGAGCCUUUACUUACCUACCCGUCGUGUACGGCCUUGGUGGCAUCACCGGGCCCAUUGUGGGCGGCGUGCUAGUGGUGUUGUACAAGAACCCCCUCCAUCAGGACCAGCCAAAGUACCCGUACCUCCUCCCGAACCUAUUCUCCGCCGUCGUGCUCGCAAUCGAUCUGGUAAUCUGCAUGCUCUUCUUGGAGGAAACGCUCCAGGAAGCGAGGGAUCUGCCUCCAUUGGGGAAAAGGGUAGAAAACCUGUUCGCGUGGCUGUGGCAGUUCACCAGCUCAACACGGCCGACAUACAUCCGACGGCUCCUUGGGAGGAAGAAGCGCCACCAUCGUAACGACUAUCUGGAUGGUAUUGAGGAAGAAGACGAUGACGCCGGCUCCGAGUCAGAAAUGUCCGUCCCCGAACUCUUCCCGCAUGCUACCAGCGAGCAGCUCUCGAGGAAGGAGAUUUUCAAUCGCGAUACCGUCCUCCUUCUUGUAACCUACUUCAUCUUUCAGCUCGCUAACAUCUCGUACAAUUCCCUCUACCCCAUCUUUGGCGAAGAACAGCCCCCCACCGGACGAAGCCUGUCUCCAGAAGAAAUAGGGCUCUCACUCGCGUUCGCUGGCGUCAUCACAAUUGUCUUCCAAAUCGGCAUCUAUGGGAAGAUCAGGGAGCAGAUCGGAAAUAAGACCACCUACAGGUUCAGCCUGGCUGCAUUCGUCGUCGCGUUCCUCCUCAUGCCGUGGGUCGGCUACAAAGACAGUGCGCCAUGGAAAGGCAUGGGCAGUGGAAAAGGCUGGCUAUGGGCUGAGCUCGGUGUGAUUCUAGUCGUCAAGACGGUAGCUAGUGUUGGCGGUCUCACAUCCGCGCUGCUUUUGAUCACAAACUCAGCACCCAACCACUCCGUCCUCGGCACACUAAAUGGCCUCGCACAAACCCUCUCUGCCGCUGGCCGCGCCGUGGGCCCUUUCAUUUCCGGCUCGCUUUUCACGGCUGCUACUAAAGUCAAGCCGAAAGGUGAGGCUCUUGCAUUCGGCAUCUUUGCGGGCGUAUCUUUCGUCGGGUUUGUUCUGAGCUUUGGGAUCCGGGGGAAUGGACUUGAAGCUGAGGGCUGGAGCGAGAGUGAAGAUGAUGGCGAGGAUGAGGAUGAGGAUGCGGAUGCGGAUGCGGAUGAUGAUAUCGAGAGCCAUGGCGAGGGAGGAAUUGUGAAUGAGAGGUCGGGGUUAAUGGGGAAGUGAUUGAUAAUAGAGGUGUGAUGGUGGGACAACGGCAUGGGUUUGGGUUUCAGCGCGGCGUUUUGGGGCCUCUGGUGAGCAAUUUCUAGAUCUGGGACACACACAUUAUGUAUAGGACUCUGUUCAACUGAUCCGCAAGGGUCAUGGGACGUAAUACCAUGGAUGGAAAAGGAAGGAAUGAACUGUGACGAUUCGGCACUAUUGUAGAGUAUGUAACCGCAUAACAGGAAAAAUAACAAAG